AGCCUUUUUGACACGAUGGGGAACAAGGCAAGCAAAGCUACGUCGAAACCGCGCGGGUCGGAGACUGCCGGGAAGAAGGGCGCGGCAUCACCUCUACCCAGCACACCAACGAAGAAGGAUACAUCUUCAUCCUCCACCAAGCCCACCAAGAAAGAGGAGGACGAGCAAUCACAAGGUGACGACGAACGAUCGAGCGAGUCGACUGCAGGCGGCACCGACGACGAACGCUUCUCCUCCACGCAGUGGAAGCUGUUCAAUGAUUUGGAGAACCGUGAAGAAGCUGAAAUGUUUGAACUGUCGUCGUUCCUUCGAGCUCUGCACGACCACAUGCCCAGCAGCAACGACGUCGACUACAGUGAUCUCGGUCCGCCACCACCCACGGACUCGUUGCGCAUGCAGCAUCACGUGUCGUGGCACGCCGCCGCUUCCAUCGACAUCACCGAUAUGUACGAAGGCAUCCACAUGAACGACCCGCUCACCAAAGAAGACGCGCACAACCUCGUGGAUAGCUUCAAGCGGGGUCAAAAGCUUCACCGGAACUUUGCCAUGCACAUUCUCACCGCGGCCCUUCACAUGCUGCAGCAAAAGCCCAACAUCACUGAGCUUUCAAUUGCACCGUCGCCACACAUGACGAUCGUCGGGGAUUUGCAUGGCCAGUUGGACGAUUUGCUGCUUAUUUUCCGUGAAAAUGGCUUGCCGAGCCCUGACAACCCAUACAUUUUCAACGGCGACAUUGUGGACCGGGGCUCCCGCGGCGUCGAGUGCGCGCUCAUCCUGUUUACGUUCGCGGUGGUGUUUCCCCAGUAUGUCCACAUCAACCGCGGCAACCACGAAGACAAGUCUAUUACCGAAGUGUUUGGGUUCAUGAAGGAAUGCCACGUCAAGUACGACGCCGAAGUGUACGCGAUGUUUUGCGCCGUGUUCAAGUGGCUCCCGAUUGGUACGAUAUUGGACAAGCGGAUUCUGGUUUUACAUGGCGGGAUUCCUCGGGAUGCUACGACAAAACUGCACGACCUCUUGGCUGUACCUCGGCAAUUGUACGACCUGUCCAUGUACCGCACCAAGGGCGACACAAAGGCGAGCCGCAAGAUGUAUAAAUCUAUGCGCAUUAUCAAGGACAUUCUAUGGAGCGAUCCGCACACAGCGAAUGGAUGGAAAGAAAACUCUCGUGGCGCCGGCAUAAACUAUGGCCCCGAUCACGUGUACAAGUACAUGGUAAAGAAUCGCCUCGAGCUCAUCAUUCGAUCCCAUGAAUGCGUGCCCAAUGGAUUUGAUUGGCCAUUUGGUGCCAAAGGCAUGCUCGUGACGCUGUUCUCUGCAUCCAAUUACUGCGGAGUGGCCAACAAUAUGGGCUGCUUUAUGCGUAUACCUCAAAAUGGCAAGCCAUCAUUCUUUCAGUACAUGGCAACGACGUCUGAAAGCGACUUGGUUGCAACCAACUUAGAAGGCCUGUUUGAAGUGAUCGUGACCCAUCGCGACGAACUGCGUCGCAGAUUCCAAGAGUUGGACCCUGGUGACACGCACACUGUCACAACAUCCGACUGGGAUGACGUUAUGCAGCAACAGCUCCAGAUUCAGCUCAACUGGGCCAGCAUUCGCCCGCUCUUGACGUCCAUUGAACCCAACCAAACGAUUGAUUACGUCAACUUUCUCGAUCGGUAUCAUACACGUGGCACGACCGCGAGCCAGGAUGAUGAUGAUGCUGCCGCGUCGACGGUAGCAGGAGCCACUGCUGCGAUUGACCGGCGCGAUAUGUUCAACAACAUGUACCGGUAUCGCAAGCGCCUCCAAGCGCUGUUCCAAGUGUUCGACCAAGAUGACAAUGGCACAAUCAACCUGGACGAGUUCAAAGCUGGCAUUGAAAUCCUGAACGAGCACUUGCCAGUGGGGAUGAAGCCAUUUAGACACCCUGAGGACUUGAUGAAAUCGCUCGACUUUACCAAGGACAACCAGAUCAACAUCAACGAGUUUAUGGAGUGUUUCCGCAUCCACGCCAACUUGACGGUACGGUGUCGCAGAUAUAUGAUUUUAGUUUUAACAAUGGUAUGUCGGCGGCAUGGUCGCAGGUGGUGGCCAAGUGGCGCCGCGCACGCACCAAGAUCCGAGCGCUGCGGGCCCUGGGCAUGCUUCGUGUGAUCGACACGCCCGCGAUUGUCACAGCGUCCGACAUUCGAUUGCAAUUGGGUGACAUUACCGGCGGUGACGAUGAGAAUACCGAUGACGAACGAGACCAUGCCACGCAAAGCGAUUCAUGUUAACACUGUUCGAUUCCAUUUCAAAAGAGCUUCAAGGGUGGUUAUGAGCGCCGCACUAGCGUCGCUAGGUCGAGCGUGGUCCUGCCAUCCCUGGACUGUAACUUGAACACUACUUGGAUCAUCUAAAGUAGAGGAUGGGGCACAAAUGCACAGUCUACAAAUAUAACACAUCAAUAUAUAUAUGUAUCACAGAAUGGCCAUCCAUAUGUAAAUAGUAUAUAACAGCCGCAUAUGC